CGCGCCCGUGGCGGAGGAACACACUCGGCGGUGCUGCGGUGGACAAGGGGAAUAUAACCGGCUGUGUCACUCCGUCUCUGUCGCUCGUGGAGUCAACAACUUCUCUGUUCUUUGUGUCAAUCUGCUUGCUACGCUCCAGCGUCAAAAUGGCAUUUUAAAGGCGUGUGGCGGCUACCCUUGCAUCGGCAAUCAACUGGCAGUGCAGCGGCGAAUAGCAACGGCGGUUUCUGGCAACAUGGCGUCUCUACUGGCAACUCCCCGCUUUGCUGCAGUCGACAGCAGUUUGGACCUUCUCGACUUACGAACUUCUCCACACGCCGUUUUAUUCUCCUUCACGCGACCGUUGCUGACCGGCAGCCAUGUUGACGCUCUCGCAGCUCGACUUGGAGGACGUGGAGGCCCUGUGCUUAGGGCCCUCGUUUUUGAUGGCUGACCCAAUGGGGCCCCUUCUGGACCACGAUGAAGAGGAAGCGCUUUCACCCUCCUCCUCUCUCGAGGGGGAGGUCCCGGCUUCGCCACCCCUCUCCUUGUCCCCCUAUCCCACCUUGCUGUUGCCCCCUUUCCCUCCACUUGACCACGCCCGCUCCUUACUGGAAGUCAAGGGGGGAGCCCUCCCCUGGCUGGGCGCCGGCGACCUGCUCGACGCUCACGUGGGAGCAGACAACAAUAAAGAUGAUGCGUUCACUGGCAUGGACUGGAUGACGGAGAAAAUCGACCUCGACGAUUUUGACCUGGAGUCUCUCAUCGGCUCCUGCUCGUCUGAGGAGUCUCCUCGCUCCCCCGACGACCUCCUGGCCUCCCUGCACUCCCACAUGGAUUUGGACGUGGACUCCUUUGACCCUCCUGCUUCCAACAACCACUUGGAGUCAGAGAUGCCAAACGAGCCCACUCAAGAGGAGGCGGGGCUCGCCCAGCAGGUGGUCAUGAAGUCAGAGCCCUGCUCCCCCCUCCCCCCUCGGUCUCCAUGCCCCCCUCCUUCCCCAACAUCUGAUACAGGGCACGAGGCGGACACAAAAUCUCCCCUCGCCAUCAUCCCAGACCCCAGCGGCGGCAGCCCCAUCAUGGUGGUGGUGCUCGCCAAUGAAGACGUGUCCCUCCCCGAGUCCACCGUCGAGUCCUCGCCGCCGUCCAGCGACUGUGACAGCGAUUCCGGCAUCGAGUCGGUCGCCGGCUCUCCGUGUGUCGCCGGCUCCUCCCGCACGAAACCAUACACCAAACCCGAGCCCUCCUCCCCCCGAGGCAAGGUGAAGUCGGCGUCUGGCCCUCCCAAAGAGAAAAAAAUGAAGAAGAUGGAGCAGAACAAGACGGCGGCCACGCGCUAUCGCCAGAAGAAGCGCGUAGAGCAGGAGCUGCUGGGCUCAGAGUGCGAAGAGCUGGAGAGAAAGAACCAAGUGCUGGCCGAGAAGGCGGAGUCCAUCAGCAAGGAGAUCCAGUACCUCAAAGACCUGAUGGAGGAGGUCCGCAAGCGUCACCGCCGAAAGGCAAGCCCGCCCACCACCUAGGAGCUGGAAGUAUGCACGCCUCCACGAAGGGCUGGGAGGUCAGGUGAAGCAUCCGUACAUGCUCAUCUCCCAUUCCCAACAUGUUACCCCCGCACCCCUUAUGCUUCAUGUAAUCACUCUGUCGCCAUAGCAACCAUCCUCUUCUCAGCUUUAGGUCCAGAAAGGGUCCUCUGACUUCUAGCGUGUGUACAUAAACAACUUCCUGUCUAUUUAAGACAACUUUGUCCAUGUCCGCUCUUUGGCUUGUACAAACGCCCUGCUUUCUUUUUUCUAAUAAACUUUUCUCCAUCUCAAGCAA